CUAACGAAAUUUUCUACCCAUCGUUCCUUCACAUUGUAUUUGCUCAACGAGUUUUUCUCGACACGUAUACUUGAUUUAUAUACACCUUACAGUCGCCGCAAGUGGUUUUCGAUAACGUCAUGAUUCUUCUGCUGGUGGUGUCGAGUUGGCUGGUGGCCGGGGCACGAGCGAGCAUUUGGCCGUACCACGAUCCGACGACGGGUGCCGUGUACCGGGAGUACGGGCCAAAGUACAGCCUCGCCGCCAACCCCAUCAUCGUGCCCGACUUUCCGGCUCAAGUUGUGCUGGGCCCGGUGGAGGGCCCGACGUUGGUGCAGGGACCCCAGCAGGGCGCGUCCGCGGUCAUCGGCCCGUCCACCGGCGAGGUGCUGGUGCAGGGACCCCAACAGGGCUCGGCCACCGUAGUGGGACCAUCCUCGGGCCCGGCCACGAUAAUCGGACCUUCGACCGGGGCAGCUACCAUUGUCGGACCAUCUUCGGGUGCAGCGACCAUAGUGGGCCCGUCGGAGGGAGCGGGCAGGAUCAUCAGCUCGUCCAACGGCGGGACGACCAUAAUCGGGCCAUCGGUGGGCAGGGCGACGAUUAUCGGGCCGUCUAACGGGGGAGCCAGGGUGGUCGGGCCCUCGUCCGGCUUUGAGGAAGCACACGCCCACGCCGAGGCUCACGCGCACGCCGAGGCCCACGCGCACUCGCACAACCUCAUCGUCCAGCCGCCCCGGCAGACCGUCUACGUCAAAGGGGCAGAGGUGGUACGGGAGCCGAUAGUCCACCACGGGCACCGGGUGAUUUGCGAGCCGACGGGCAAUGGCAUCAGCACCUCGGCGGCCGUGGAGGCGGUGGCCCGGGCGGCCUCGCACUACGGGCCCGUCCACUUUGGCUCGGCUCACGGCCGGCCGGUCAUCACCGUCUCCGGGCCUCCGGUCAUCAGCCUCCUCCGGCCCCUCCAUCUGGGGGGACCUCUCGUGCCCAUCGGCGUCGGGAGUAGCAGUAGUAGCAGCUCCUCCGCCGCCUCCUCCUCCUCCUCCAAUUACGUGCAGGCCAAGAAGUUCUGGUACCCCGGCUCCGCGUGCCUCAAUUGCUAGUGUGUACUCAAGGUUCGAGGGGACGCGGGAGCUUUCAUCGAAAUCCGACUCCUUGGGGCAAUCACCGAUCGCUCAUCGUGGCAGCAAACAACAGAGAUGGAUGUGACCGUCACUUCGAAAACAGGGAUACGUCGGUGUUGAAUCAUCGUUUGGAUUGUUCAUCAGGGAUUAUGUCGUUUCGUUUGUGUUUAUUAAAUGGUCUUUUGUCCUGCCUC